AUGUCGUCCGACUACAGCUACGACGAGCAGGGCACCUUCUACCCCUUCUUCUUCUUCACCAUCACCUCCGUCGUCACCCUGCCGCUCACCUACAGCCUCCUCCGCCCCAGCACCGAUGCGAGCGCCAUCGCCCCCCGGGUCCAGAGCCCCUUCAAGGCCGAGAACCAGGCCAUUGUCGAUGCCCAGCGCGCCACCCAGCGCCGCAAGCAGCGCAAGCUCAAGCGCGGCCUCGUCGCCGUCCUCGGCUGGCUCUUCAUGGCCGCCAACUUCUGGCUCGCCCUGACCGCCCAGCACACCACGGCCAAGAUCUGGAACCCCUACGACAUCCUCGGCAUCUCCGACUCGGCCUCGGAGAAGCAGAUCAAGUCGCAUUUCAAGCGCCUGUCCCUCAAGUUCCACCCCGACAAGAUCCGCCCCGACCCCGCCAAGAACGAGACCAUCGAGUCCCUCAACGACAAGUACGUCGAGCUGACCAAGGCCUACCAGGCCCUGACCGACGAGGAGGUCCGCAGCAACUGGAUACAGUACGGCAACCCCGAUGGCAAGCAGGGCUUCAGCAUCGGCAUUGCCCUGCCCAAGUUCAUCGUGUCCGACGGCAACGGCAAGUACGUCGUGCUGGUCUACGCUCUGCUGCUCGGUGUCCUGCUGCCAUACCUCGUCGGUUCGUGGUGGUACGGCACCCAGCGCAUGUCCAAGGAGGGCGUCCUGAUCGAGAGCGCCGGCCGCCUCUUCCGCGAGUACCAGGACAGCGACGAGGAGGGCCGCCUGAUCAGUGCCCUGAGCACCGGCAAGGAGUUUGAGGAGCAGCUCAAGGGCAACCAAGCUGACUCUGGCCUGUCCAAGAUUGAGUCCAGAGUCAUUUCCGCCGCCGUCCUCUCCCCCAAAGAUCAGGAGAAGCUGGAGAGCGUCGACGGCGUCAGGAGGAAGGUGCUCGCCCUCCUCUGGGCUUAUCUUGGUCGCGUCUCCUUGGACGACCAGGCUCUAGAAAAUGCAAAGUACAAGGUUGCGCCCAUUGCCGUGGCUUUGGCCCAAUCCUACAACGCCAUCUCGCUGGCUUACGGCAACACCAAAGCGAUCCUCGCCUCGUACACAACCACGCAACGACUCAUCCAGGCCGUUCCGCCCAAGGCCUCCCCUCUGUUACAACUACCUCACUUCACCCCCGAUAUCGUCAAGGCUGUCGAAGGCGAAUCAAAAGCCCACUUGACAGUUCAGCAGUUCAUGGAUCAGUCAGACGCGCAAAGACGCAGUCUGGCCGUCGGCAAGGGCCUCCUCUCUGAGGAGCAGUACAAGGAAGCUGUCCAUGUUGCAACCCAACUGCCGCAGCUGCGUGUCGCCAAGGCAUUCUUCAAGGUCACCGGCGAAAAGUUCAUCGUUCCCUCGUCUCUGGUCAACUUGGUGGUCAAGGGACGAAUUGUUCCCCCCGGAAGCACCAAUGUACCUGCUGUCAAAGAGGCUGAUCUUGAGGAUCCCGAUCCCGUUGAGGGCGACUUGAAGGCACUGAAGGAGGACUCUGGAGAUCGCGUGCUCCCCCCGCUAGCUUUUGCCCCUCGCUACACUCGCAACCACUCUCCGAGGUGGCACAUCUUCCUCACGGACAGCAAGCAAGGCAAGAUGGCCGUUCCUCCUUUCACCUUCACCACAUUCGACAAGCCCAUCUUCGGCGCGGACGGCAAGCCAACUUUCAACAUGCAGACCCUCAAGGCGCAGUUUGCUGCCCCGCCAGGACCUGGGCACUACACUUUCGUCAUGCACGUCAUCUGCGACAGCUACGUUGGCUUCGACACCAAGAUGGAGGUCACACUUGUGGUGGACGAUGCAGAGAAGGCAGUACAGGUAGAGGCGGAGGAUGACAUCAGCGAGCCGGAAGAAGACUCCCUUGCCGGCCAAAUGAACGCGCUGCGCGGAAACGGAGCGCCUACAAAGCCCAAGAAGCAGUCAGCAGAUUCCUCGGACGAGGAGGAGAGCGGGACUGACGAGGAAGAUAAUGACACAAGUGAUACCAAUACGGAUACCGAAGACGAGUCGUGA